UGCCGCUGCUUGUGGCGUGCGCUCGGUGAGAUCGAUGACAUGACAAAGGAAGGUCCGGUGUGUUGCUGAGAGGGGCACUGCUUGGUUCAAUGGCCGUCUAGCAACCAUUCGCUAUCAGCAUGUCGUUGUCGUCGUCGUCGUCGCGUCGCGCGCGCGCAGGCCAGCAAAGCCAGCAGAUACACACGCCGUCUACGUACACGUGGGCCAUGGCCACGCUGGCGAGCCGAGCUCGGCAGUACAGGCAGUCUCGCAAGCUCAUAGAACAGGAUGAGCUGCUCAGAGAAGUCGUCUUCACGCUCCAAGGGGCAGACACGGUUCAUGUCAAGUUUGACGACUCUACCCUGCCCAGCAAGGCUGGCAAGAGGCCUGGACGACCAUUCUCGGGCCACAAAGAUGGCAUUGGUGGAUACGGAGGUCUUGGAGACGAUGACGAUGACGGCUUGAGCGAUACCGAGCUGCCGCUUGACGGAGGCAUCACUUUCGUCUCGCACAAGGAUCGGAAGAUCUCAGCACCCAACGCUGCUGUACUGCACAGACUGGCAGAGCUAGGCUAUCUCUAUCGGUCCAUCACGAAAGCGCUGGCAGAGUCUCAAGAGCGAACAGAGAGAUUCCAGAAUGAUGCGACUGGUCUCGAAGCCGAGCACAGCCGAACAGAGAGCCGACCGGGCGGUCUGAUCGAGCAAGGUCUCUGUCAUGCCUUACAAGCCCACAUUGGCCAAUAUCAAAGCAAUAUUGCCGCUCUCGAAGCUCAGAUCAAUGCCAACGUCGAUUCGCCCCUCUUUGAAUUCUCGGCCCCUACCGAUCCGCCUGACGUACGAUCGGAGACCAGCGAUGUCGUGACGCUGAAAGGCCUCUUGGCUCGCACGGAUUCUCUGGUCCUCAAGACGCGGCUCAUGAAGCUCUUUAUUGAUGCAGCGCAAGAGAAGCGAGGCAGCGAUCUUUUGACAUUCAUACAGAGCUAUACGACGGGCGGUGACCCGUUUAUCGCCAACUUUGCUGCCACCUUUCUCGCAGAUGUCACCAGGCCGUUCUUUCGGAUGCUGCAGAAGUGGAUCUACAGCGGCAUCUUAUCUGACCCCUUCGGCGAAUUCUUCAUCCAGCAGCUCGGUAUUCAGCCAACUGAGAAGGCUCAUCGCGGUCAGAGCUCGACAGCACGGCUCGUCUUUCGAGAGGAUCGCGUGCCAAGCUUCAUGACAAUCGACUUGGCGCGCAAGAUCUUCUCGACGGGCAAAUCUCUCUUCUUCCUGCGUCUUAGCUGUACGGACGAUGACGCGCUUCUGCCUGCGCCUCAGGCAGGCGACGAAAUUACCUACGCCAAUCUGUCGAGGCUAGACGCGCAAGUCGCGACUGCAUACGAGUCAGCCAGUCGGCGGCUCUUCACCAUCUUUUGCGAGCGGUUCCGUUUGCCCGACCAUCUUCGCGCUCUCAAGAACUACAUCUUGUUGGGCAGAGGCGACUUUGUCGAGCUUCUGAUGGAAUCGCUCGGCGCGAGUCUCGAUAAGGCUGCCGGAUCUCUAUAUCGACAUACUUUGACGGCAACGCUCGAAGCUGCUCUGCAGGGCUCAACAGCGGUCAACGAUUCGCCAGAGACGCUCAAGAGGUUAGAUGUAGAUAUGGUAGAUACGACGCGAUCCGUUAUCGGCUGGAAUGCGUUUGUGCUCAAGUAUCGCGUUAGCCCACCCAUCGAUACAAUCCUCAGUCCUGGCGUGAUGCAGCAGUACACGCGCAUCUUUACCCACUUUUGGAAGAUCAAGCGGGUCGAGUACAGUACGAACAUGAUAUGGACGAAGCUCGUUAGCAAUGCGAAAGCCCUCUCGCGGGUCACUCAGCUACGUAACGACUUUCACAAGGCAAGGUUAGCGGUAGCAGAGAUGAUUCACUACAUUCGCCAGCUGCAGUACUACAACCACCUCGAGGUUGUCGAGUGCUCUUGGCAGCAACUGACCGAGUUUGUACACCGACAAGAGGGCGACCUCGACUCGCUCGUUGCUGCACACCAGACCUAUCUUGACCGUCUGUACAACAAGGCACUCUUGCAAGUCACACAGCGACCGACGAGCAAGCUAGCGCCCAACCCCAACGCACUGCUCAAGAUGGUCGAAGACUCAUUCCUUCCGAUCUUGGCUUGGAGGGACAAUGCCGAGGCAUUAUGCGAAUGGGCAAUGAGGGAGGCAAAUUGGGAAGUCAGCCAGGGCGAUCAUGCUCGAGGCGUUGCGACACUGCCCGUCCAACGACCAUCAGAGGGUGAUCUGGCGACUUACCGGCGUCGACUCGACCGGUACUGCCUCGUGUUCAGCAACGCUGUGUCUGGCCUCGUGGCGAGCUUGCAAGCCCAGCCGGACAGCGAGCUGCGCUUGCUUGCUAUCCGCAUCGAUCACAACAAGUUCUACCGCAAGACCUCGAGAAAUUGGCAUUUUGCCUUUGCGGUCGUCCCUCUUGUCGUCCAUCUAACGCCACCUAUGCUUGAGCUGCGGCCGACCUACAUCGCUGCAGCAUGCAACCGAUUUUCGGGAGCAGCCGAGAUCAAUGCGUCAGGCGAAGUAGCAUUCGGGUCUGGCAAGCUCCUCGCGCUCUGGAACGCUCAGGACGAGCAUCAUGCCGGCGUUCAUCAUGCUCUGCUCGGCCACAAUGCAGAAGUGACCCAGGUCUGCUCGCUCGGUGACGGAUGGCUCUCCGGGGAUGCUUCAGGUGCGCUGCUCGUUUGGCAACAGCCUUCGAAGGCAGAGGCGAGCACGAGCAACGGAUGGACAGCCUUCCCCGUGCUGCCUUCGCGUGGCUCAAGUGUGUGUACAUUGGCAAGCUUGAUGCUGUCGGAUGAUAUCUGGCUCGCUCUUGCUGCGCACUCUGACGGCUCAGCUUCUGUGCUGUCGUUCACCCUCAAGAAGGGCGAGAGACUUGCGCACGAGCUAGUGCAGGAGAUCAAGCUGGGCGACAACUUGGCAUUGUCUGCGGUCAUCGGCACACUACCAAAUGGCGCAGGACUGUUGCUUGCGCUCGCUUGCACGGAUAAUCGCAUUCAUCUCUUGACGCGACCUAUGACGCAAGGGGCUCAGUUUGUGCCUAGUACAAAGCUAGAAGGUCACAAGGAUUGGACGCGCUGCCUAUGCACCACAGUUGCCACCACCUCAGCCGGCGACGUGCGUCCUGGAGACGUCUUGCUUGCCUCGGGUUCGCAAGAUCACUACAUCCGCAUAUGGAAGAUCUCGCCUGCACGAAUGCAGACGGUCAAGACAAGCUUGCUCGAUGACGCAGAUUUGGAUGAAGAGGACGGUCAGCAAAGGUUGUCAAUGAAAUCGCGUCUCCUGCACGUCGCAGAGAGCGGAAGUCGCUUUACGUGCACGUCAGAAGCCGUCCUGUUCGCGCAUGAGGACUGGGUCAUCGGGCUACACUUCAGUCAUGUCGCUGCAGCAAGCUAUGGACAGCUGCCCGAGCUGCUGUCGGCUUCUGCAGAUCGCUCUAUGAUUCUCUGGCGCUUCGAUCAGAGGUCAUCGCUCUGGACAAACGUCACGCGGUUUGGCGAGAUGUCAGGCACCAACCUCGGCUUCUUCGGCGCCUUGUGGUCCGCAGACGGUCUUGCGGUCCUGGCUCAUGGAUGGACUGGCAGCUUUCACGUAUGGCGGAGGCAAACGUCAGCCGAACAGUCAUGGCAAUCCGGCGUAGGUGUGUCAGGUCAUUUCAGAGCGAUCACUUCGCUUGCUUGGGAGCCUCAAGGUCAAUUCUUGCUUACCACAAGUCUUGACCAUACAACGCGUUUGCAUGGUCCAUGGCGGCGCAAUGUCGACGGAGCCGCAAUAGAGACCUGGCACGAACUGGCGCGCCCACAAGUCCAUGGCCAUGCCAUCUUGACGCUCAAUAUGCUAUCGGGCUUGUCUUUCCUCAGCGGAUCCGAUGAGAAAGUCGUUCGAGUCUUCGAUGCGCCUCAGCCGUUUCUCGAUUCGAUGCGAAAGCUCGGCACCGUACAAAGCUUCUCAGGGCCAACCCAAGCCAGACAAAAGGGCGUAACAUUGCCACCUUUGGGUUUAUCGAACAAGGCGAGCACAGACGAUGUCGUUGAGCCCGUCUUGCGUGAUGCGCCGCCGCUGGAAGAAGACCUGCUCACCACGACACUAUGGCCAGAGAUUGAGAAAGUCUACGGUCACGGAUAUGAGAUUGCCACGACGGCUCUGUCCCACGAUGGCAGAUUACUCGCGACUGCAUGCAAGGCCAACAGCGCAAAGCAUGCGGGCGUCAGGCUAUAUGAUACGUCUACGUGGGCCAGCGUCGAGCCAGUGCUAGACGGGCAUGAGCUCACCAUACUCGACAUGGCCUUUAGUCCUGACGACACCAAGCUGGUCACCACAUCGCGAGACCGAACCUGGCGGCUCUACCAGAAGAAUGACAAAGGCCAGUUUUCGCUUCAGGCGGUCGGCACCACUCACACGCGAAUCGUUCGCGCUUGCGUCUGGAGCAAGGAUGGCACAUUGUUCGCAACAGCUUCGCGUGACAAGACAGUCAAGAUAUGGUCAUCAGAGACCGCUCAAUUGGUUGAAAGUAUCAGACUUGCUCAAGCGCCAUGCGCAAUCGCGGUCUGGCCAAAUGCCAUAAGCUUCGCCUUGGCGAUCGGCUGCGAAGACGGCAGCUGUCACUUCUUUGACCGCGGAAGUCAAACACUGCAGUUGAAGGAAGGCACUGCUGCCGGGCCCAUCAGCAUGCUAGCAUUCUCACUCGAAGGCACUCGUCUUGCAAGCUGCUCAGAGGAUGGCAUCGUGCGGAUCUAUACAGUCAGGUCGCUUCAAUCUACAUAG